CGGGACUGUUUGGUAAUAUAAAAGCUGUGUAGGGGAAAUAACAUGUAGGCAGCUUGGCAACCGCCCAUACUUCCGAAGUCUGCGAUUCACUGACAGCUGGGGGCCGAUAAUUCAAGUAACGGUAGCACAUCCGGCUCCCCUUGAGACCCAAAACCCACGGGGGAAGACUCUCCCAUUCGGUGGCGGCCCUGCCACCCUUUUGUGAUGGUCUGUACUUCAUCAGAGAUGACCUGACCAGAAAUCCUGCAGUUCUAACUGUAACAGGAAGAAGUGGGGAAGAUUGUAACACUUGCAGAUGAAUGGACUGCAUUAGUUAUCUGUAAGAAGAGACAUCAAACACCCACCUGCUUUCAGAGGUUUAGAAUGGAUGUGGUGUCUACUGACGUUACCAAUGUCCUCCCUGAUGAGAUUAUGGAGACAGGAAUUUCCUUGGUGGAUGAUGACAGCAUUGAAGCUAUUACAAUAUCCUCUCCUUUGAUGGACGAAACCCCCAUGGAAACAGAACUGGAAGGAAUUAUAGAAGUGAGCAGUAGCGGUGAAUGUGUUUCUACAUCCGUAAUGAAAGAAGCAAUUGCAGCAACCAGCAACCAUGCUGGCCACAUUGCUGUGGUUAGUGUUGCUUCAAAGCCAGAUUCUGAACCAUCAGCCACAUCCAUGAAAACUGUUUUACAGGCUGGCCUGCACAAACUGGCUACUCCUGUAUCUGGCCAGGUGAUACUUAAUAAGGUUUCACAGACUUCUGAUCUUAAAGCUGGAAGUCAUGUUGUGAAGCAGGAAGGGCAGAAAUUAAUUGUUACGACUCUGGGAAAAUCAAACCACCCUAUUGUUUUAACGUUGCCACAGACAUCAGCUACUCACGUUCAAUGUGUGGAAUCUAAAGUGACACAACAACAUAUUAAGCUUGUUACUAUUGGUGGAAACCGACCCGAUGGAAAUCCUAUUCUUGGAAUGUCCACAUUAACGUCUGCCCAAAUCAUCAGCCCGUCUACCAAGUCUCCUGUGUUACAGACCCAGCAGAUCAAGACUGUACAGAUUGCAAAGAAGGCUCCUGCAUCAUCAUCUGGCCCUGUCAUUACUAAGUUGAUCAUUGCAAAGCCUUUGAAUAGUAAAGCACUCUCAGGGCAGACUACACAAGUAUCUUCCUCUUUUGCUGGAGGUCGGGCACUCUCACAUACUAAUCCUGGAACACCACCCAAAGCAGCAAACAUUGCUGAUAGUGGAGUGAUUGGUACAUCCUCGGUUAAAACUACAAACAAAAUUGCUAUAUCACCACUGAAAUCUCCUAGUAAGGGUGUAAAGCCAGCUGUUCAGACAAUAGCUGUUGGCGGCGUCAACACACCUCAGUUUAAGACCAUUAUUCCUCUUGCUGCUGCUCCAAAUGUUCAGCAGAUCCAGGUGCCCGGGAGUAAAUUUCAUUAUGUCCGGCUUGUUACAGCAUCUACAGCCAGCAAUACCACACCAUCCAGCCAGAACCCAAGCACCAGCACGCGACCUCUUCAGCAAGCAAAACCAGUGGUCGUUAAUGCAACACCUGUGAGGAUGUCAAUUCCCAUUAUUCCAGCACAGACUGUCAAACAAGUUGUUCCCAAGCCCAAUGCAGCUUCCCAAAUCGUCACUACAAGCCAGCCACAGCAGCGGCUUCUUAUGCCAGCUACACCACUAGCACAAAUACAGCCCAGCCUUACCAACCUCCCUGCUGGCGCUGUGUUAACCUCCGCACCAGGAACUGGAAAUGUAGGUUAUGCAGUUCUACCUGCUCAGUACGUCACUCAGUUGCAACAGUCCUCGUAUGUGUCUAUAGCAAGCAAUACAGGGUUAUCAGGGACAACAACUGCUCAGAAUCAGCCCAGGGGUCCAUUGAAUGGGAUAAUUUCAAUUUCAUCAGAAUCAGCAAGUCGUCCAAGGAAGCCAUGCAACUGUACAAAGUCUUUAUGUCUUAAGUUGUACUGUGAUUGUUUUGCCAAUGGAGAAUUCUGCAACAACUGCAACUGUACAAAUUGCUACAAUAAUCUGGAGCAUGAAAAUGAACGUCAAAAAGCAAUCAAGGCAUGCUUGGAUAGAAACCCAGAAGCAUUCAAGCCAAAAAUAGGCAAAGGAAAAGAAGGAGAAUCUGACAGGCGACACAGCAAGGGCUGCAACUGCAAACGUUCUGGUUGCCUCAAAAACUACUGUGAAUGCUAUGAGGCUAAAAUUAUGUGUUCCUCAAUAUGUAAGUGCAUCGGCUGCAAAAACUUUGAAGAGAGCCCAGAGCGUAAAACAUUGAUGCAUUUGGCAGAUGCAGCUGAAGUGAGGGUCCAGCAGCAAACUGCAGCCAAGACAAAACUUUCCUCACAGAUAUCUGACUUGAUUAUCAGACCAGUGCCACCAAUGAGUAGUGGAGGUGGCAAACUACCCUUCACAUUUGUAACAAAAGAAGUAGCAGAAGCAACAUGUGAAUGCCUCUUGGCCCAGGCAGAACAGGCAGAAAAACUAUCAAAAUCCAAGGCAGAUACUGAACGGAUGAUCCUGGAUGAGUUUGGCCGCUGUUUAAUGAGAGUGAUUAAUUCUGCAGGAAAGGCAAAAAGUGACAUUUGUCCUAUGAGUUGCUGAGUUGACAAGCCUGACCCCUUCUUUUUUUGAUCUCGAAGUAUUGAACAAGGUUGAGAUGCACAAAUAAUCACUGCCAGAGGUUGCUUUAGGACUUUAGCCACUGCUGUCUAUCCAUGAAGUUAUGGGUCUAUAAAAUGGUGCUGGUUUUAAUGGGACUUUCUUCAUUGUAUAUUGAAGCAAGCUGAGAUUUUAUUAUAGACUCCCUUUUAAAUCUUGCUGUUAUUUCACUUGUUUUCUCCUACUGUUUCAUAGAUGACACCUUAAUGGUGCAUUUUUCCCAUUCUUUUUAUGUCACUUUUUGAUUUUUGUGUUUCCUGGUAAAGACCAUUUUUUUCUUUUUGGGGCUAAAAGUUCAAAAUAAAAAUGCAUCUUGCACAGUAUAUUAAUCUCCCAUAAACUCAUCAAAGAUAUUAUGCCACAAAGUGUGUUUAUCAAUAAACAUGAUAUAUUUUGCACACUGUUUAAAUGUAUAAAAGGGAAUAGUUAAGGCAGGUGCAUUAAAAAAUAAAUACAAAUAGGAAUUGAGCUUUAUAUUAAGUGUAAAAUUAUAUUUUUAAAAUUGCUUAUGCCUGUAAAAUGUCAUACCAGCAGCUACACGCUUUUAGUUAUUCUGACUUUCCCCAUUGUAUAAACUGUCAUACUGCAUCUUCAUAAAGCAAAUAUUCAUGGAAUAUAUUUUUUUUUAACUUCUCUUUAAUUCAUGGUAUAUUUUUAUGUAAUUUCCCUUGUUGAUUAAAAAGUGGAUUUGCAGAUCAACUUUA